CUAGUUGAGUACCUCAAGCCGAAGCAGACACUCCUGUACGGAUUAUCUCAAAACUGGUUUCGACAACAACAGUGGAUUUUCACAAAAAAAGUAAGAAAAAUUCAAAAAUAAAAAAUAUUCAUCGUCUGAUUCAAUCGCAAUAUUUGUGUUGUACUUUUACUGUAGGCUACUUCAAAAUGGCAAUAUCUUCCGAAAAAUGGCGACUGGCGCAAUAUGCAAUACUUGUGCUAGCAAUCACAAAUAGCUCUCAAUCAGAACUGCCGUCAUCUUCCUCAUGGGCUAAACUUCAAAUAUCGCCCAGUGAACUGUGCUCAAUGCCUUACGGUAGUUUCAGAGUCAAUAUUUACGAACACGCAAAUAACCACAAGACAACUACACCACCAACCCGAUACAAGUAUUUCUACGCGCCCAUCGCCCUGCUGGACCACAAAAGUGCCGUCACUUCGUUCAACAACGUGACAAAACAAGCCGAAGUUCGUUUCCGCAUCGAAAUGUGGAACGACAAAGUUGAGAGCCAAGUCGUCAAAUAUUUGACGGAAUUCGUCCGUCAAUCAGUCCAAUCCAAUCAGGUGCAAGUCAUCCCUCUCGAAAAAGUUGUUCUGGCCAGCACGAAACCUUCGACCGUCUUUUCGCUGUCAACCGAUUGGCUGCCCUAUCAGCUGCACAAGUCGCUGCAAUUUACUCUGUCGUGUUUCGUCCAAAGAGAUUGCGACCAACUAGCGGCAGACAUGCGCAUCAACCCACAGCAAUUCGACCACUUCAAACUCCUCUUCAGUCUGACGUCACAGACAUCACAAACUAAACAAACGGUCAUCCGCAUCGACAAUGUCGUCUCGGGUCAAUUGGUCAGCGACCUUCUCCAGCGAUUCGAUCAAGACGUUCAACAAGCAUUUCUGACGGCUAAGGACGAGAAGCGACUCUUGACCGAAACGAUAACCAACGUCUUCGUGGAAACGUUCGAAGACUCGGAUGUCGUUUCACCAAAUUCCGAGUCGCAAGUCUACAAUUUAUUGAGAAAUCUUCUUAUCUCUUCCAGAACGGUCAUCAAAGAGCAGAGCGACAAAAUGUGGGACUCAGUUUUUUGGAACGAGGACAACUACAGACCUGAUAAAACCACCAAAACUUUGAACGAAAUCUUUAAGAAACUCGAUACGGAAUCCCAGAAAAAGAUGUCGGAAACGUACAACAAUAACAAAAAAGUAAGUGGUGGGGGGAAAGUGGGAUUUCUCAGGUUGUUUUCGGGCGAAGCCAAAUUAAACAACGAAUUUUCACGUCACGGGUCGACAACAAAAGAAGACAUAGAAAAGUUCUAUGAAGAGAGUAAGGACCACGUUGAGUGGGAUGGAGAGAAAUUUUCACCCAAGCCGUUGUCACUCAGUAGAAUCAAUUUGGUGCAAUUACGGGACACGCAAUCUUUACAGGAUCGCAAAGUGAGCGUUCGGUUCUCGACUGCCGUCCUAUCCACUCCCAUCAAUUUUGUACAAAAUACCGAAUUGACAGUCACUGACGAAUGGCAAAAUCUCAAAGAGGAGUUGAAAGAUACAUCGAAACGAUCGAAAAGUUUGGAAGAAGCAAACCUUAUUCUGACCAAAAAAUUGGAAGAAGCAAACCUUAUUUUGACCAAAACAUCGGGAGAAACCCGAAGACAUAUUAUGCUUCUGAAUAACCACGAAUUUGUUUCGACCCUAUCGAUUGAAAGCUUAGCUAAAAAGGUAUCUGAAUUUAAAAAUUCAGUGUGUGAAGAGGUCGACCGGUGUGGCACCAAUCGGCGCAAAAAAUGGGGAUUUGGGGGUAAAAAUUGAUGAGAUUGAAAUUGAUGAAUUGAAAAAUGAUUGAGCGCAGGCGCGCUUCGCGCAAAUUAGGGACUGCCAUAUGCUAGCUUGUCCUGCUAACGAAUUUCUCCAUCAUUUUCAUUUCCUCAGGAGUGGUAAGAACAAUGUCUACUACAGUUACACUUGUUGCCACUAUACUUUAUAACCUAAGCUAGUUGUGUGGCUGGAAUGUAGGGAGAAUCUCUUUCACUGCAUUAAAUACAGUUGCCUAUGCUUCCUUGCUUAUUGUUUUUAAAAAAUACCAAGAAUACAAAUUAUUGACUUACCAAAUGUUAAUUGGUGACAGCUGCAUAUUUUCUAGGGAGCUUGAUAAACAAAUAGAAUCAGA